AUGCAGAAUAGCGACACCACCAAUGGUGGUGAGGAAAACAAUCCAAUGACGAUAGAUGACAUGAAAGCAUGUUAUUCUCAAGCUGACGUCGAAGAUGCUAUGUUUACCCGCAAUUAUGUUGAGUAUUACCCUCCAUUACUCCUAUUCUCCGCAAUACCCACUAACAAGAUCCCCAACCAUAUCCAGGUACCGGAAUAA